AUGAACGAAAGAAAGAAAGAGAAACACCACACCUCCCCUGCCUUUCAGUAUUAUUACUACGGCUUCUCUUCUCGAUCUUCAGCAAGCACAUCAGCAGUAAAAUCGACAGCGAAAGCUAUUACGGCCAAAACAAAAAGUGUGGUUGAUCUUGAGACACGCUAUGGCGCAGCCAACUACCAUCCGUUACCAAUAGCCAUUCAACGUGCUUCCGGUGUUCAUGUUUGGGAUGUAGACGGAAACCGUUACUAUGAUUUCCUUUCCGCUUACUCUGCUGUUAAUCAAGGACAUUGCCAUCCGAAAAUUCUUGAUGCAGUAAAAAAACAAGCAGAAACAUUGACGCUGACAUCGCGGGCAUUUCACAACGAUGUACUUGGAGAAUUCGAAAAGUAUGCGUGUGAACUAUUCGGUUACGACAAACUACUGCCAAUGAAUACCGGCGUCGAAGGAGGAGAAACUGCAAUUAAACUGGCACGUAAAUGGGCGUAUAACGUGAAAGGUGUGCCGAAAAAUGAAGCGGUUGUACUCUUUGCAGAAAAUAAUUUUUGGGGACGUACAUUAUCGGCCGUAUCGAGCUCAACUGAUCCAUCGUGUUAUGAAGGUUUUGGACCUUAUAUGCCAAAUUUCAAAAUCAUUCCAUACAACGACUUGAAAGCUCUAGAAGAAGCAUGUAAAGAUAGUCGUGUAUGUGCAUUUAUGGUAGAACCAAUUCAAGGCGAAGCCGGUGUUUGCGUACCUGACGAUGGUUAUCUUGCUGGUAUUCGAAAGAUCUGUACAAAGAAUAAUGUUCUUUGGAUUGGCGAUGAAAUUCAAACAGGUCUUGGUCGAACGGGAAAAUUACUUGCAUGUGAUCAUGAAAACGUUCGCCCCGAUGUUCUUGUUCUUGGUAAAGCAUUAGCUGGUGGAUUCUAUCCGGUGUCAGCAGUUUUAGCAAACGACAACUUAAUGAGUGUGUUCACUCCCGGUACUCAUGGCUCUACAUUCGGUGGAAACCCUCUAGGCGCACGGAUCGCUAUUGCAUCACUGAAAGUUCUUAUCGAAGAAGGCAUGAUUGAAAAUGCCGCUCGGAUGGGUGAACUGUUGCGUCAAGAAUUAAAUCGUUUACCAAAAGAUAAAGUUCAAGUGGUUCGUGGAAAAGGUUUACUCAAUGCUAUUGUCAUUAAUCCAAAUUAUGAUGCAUGGGAGUUAUGUUUACAUUUACGUGAUCACGGUCUCUUAGCGAAACCAACCCACGGUGACAAAAUUCGUUUUGCCCCUCCAUUGAAUAUCACCAAAGAUGAAAUACUGCAGUGCUGUUCAAUUAUUAGUAAAGCUGUUCACGCUUUAAAGUAG